AAGUGGAAACACCUGCGUGUUUGUCAGUUGAAUUGGGAUUAGACCACUUCAUUUUCUUAAACAAGCUUUUGUGAGUGUAAAACACGGACACACGAUAGUUAGAGUGGUUCAGACCGACACUUUGAUAAGAACAUGCUCAGAGAAAGUCAACUUCCUCCACGUGAUGGGAAAAGUCUUAUAUUGCUAACGCGUUUAGCGGCUAACAAACGCCAUUACAAACGCCUUGGCACUGGACUCACCACCUGCUGCCAGCGAGACGUCUUUAAUCAGCUAUAUCUACGUCCCGCUACCGGUCGCUGUGGAUAGGUUCUGGCAGGUUCAGGCCCUCUGCGUCUCUCCCAGGGUGGAGGAGGAGAUUUCUCACCGGAAACCCAACAGCAAAAAACCGCCGUCGACGUCUGCUGACAAAUGAAGACACAGCCAGCGUGACGUGAAGGCUGACUUUGACAAACCAGAGCGCGGUGGGGCCACCGUAUUUGAAUGACAAGAGUGCGACGACUCAGGGAAGCAUACAUUGUGACUGCAUAAAUCAGAAAGGUGAUAUCAUCAUGGCAUACAGAAAAGUGUGCGACACCCAAGGGGGCGCAAUGGUCGGUCAGGUUCUACACUGCUCUGGAGGUCUGGAUCUGGACUGGGAUCUGGACAAGGAGGAGAUGCAGGAGCCAGGACCAAGCAUGGACCGCAUGCAGAUGCAGCACAUAGACUGCCAGAGAUCAGCAUGUUCAGACCCCGGCCCUGAUCCUGACCCUGAGCUGAUGGAACCCAUCCAGCCGUCGGUUUCAGUUUCACCACACGGUCGGUUUGAGCGACUCCAAGAGGAUCCCAACUACAUCUCCCACUUCACCAGGGCUCCAGCCCAUAAAGGCCAACGACGACUCCCCUGCUUCCUUCUUAGGUACUUCCUGGCGGCAGCAGGUCUUUUUGUCCUCGGUCUCCUGAUUGGCUGGUUCACUCACACACCCGCCGUCAAACCACCGGUGCUCCUGUCCGACAGUUCAGACCUGCUGGAGGAGCUGCUCAGAGGAAUCACGGCUGACAAGAUCCACACACUUCAGAGGUCUUUCUCCAGUCUACCAGAUGACAGUGAGGAAGCCAGAGCCCGGUACCUGUACAGGCAGUGGGUGGGACUCGGUUUGACUGACGUCCGUUUGUCCAAUCACACGGUUCUCCUCAGUCUCCCUGGCUCCACACCCAACACCAUCACUGACCGGUCCAGUCGCCAGUGUUUUCUACCAAACGGGAUCCUCUGUGACCAACGAGGCCUGAACGACCUUCCGCAGCAGCAGGUCUCCUACGCUGCGUACUCCACCGCCGGAACUCUGCAGGGGGAGCUGGUGGAUGUGCAGUACGGCAGCGUCGAUGACCUGAGGAGAGCCAAAGACAGCCUGAACCUCACCAACCGCAUCGCCGUGGUCAAGCUUGGUCAAGCACCUCUGCUGUACAAGCUGUCCCUGCUCUCUGAACUGGGCUUUGGUGGAGUUCUGCUCUACGUCGACCCGUGUGAUGCUCCGCCCAGCCGCCAAGUCUGGAAUCAAGCUUUCAGAGUGACGCUCAACCCCGGAGGAGAUCCCGCCAAUGCUGGAAGUCUGACUUCCCUUUUGGUUCAACCAAUUUCUGCUUUUCUGGCCAAGAAAUUGCUGUCCUCUCCAUCAGCACAGCAGGAACAGGGAGACUCCUGCGUUCCACUGGCAAAGCCUCCCAACACAGAGCGUAAAGAGAUCACACUGACUGUUGGAAACCAGCUGUCCUACAAGAGAAUCUACAAUGUGGUGGGAUACCUGAAAGGAAAGACCAACCCAGAUCGCCAUGUGCUGGUUGGCAGUAGUCAUGACAGUAACCAGCAAGGCGGGGCUUCAGCCAUCGUGAAUCAGCUCAUCGCCGCACUGACGGAGCAGACCAAACGAGGAUGGGUGCCGGACCGUACCACUGUGUUUUGCUCGUGGGGGGGCUCAGCCCUGGGGAACAUCGGGUCCUAUGAGUGGGGAAAGGAUAACAGUGUUGUCCUACAGAGCAGUGCCGUGGCCUACGUCAGUCUGAACUCUCCAGUCAGAGGGACGGAGACUCUCAGAGCGACAGCGUCUCCGACUCUGCUGCAGCUCACCUCGGACAUACAGCGGAGACAACUGCUGAGUUGCAUUCGUGGCGGUAACUGCCCGGGACCCAACGUCAGCUCGCUGCAGUUGCCCGGAGAUGUGAGUUUCUUUGCCAACCAACUGGCUGUUCCCACCAUGGAGUUCGCCUUCGAGCAGACCACUGCAGAGGAGACCACAGGUUUCCUGUCAGAGGCCCAGUUUUCUGUGGAGUCGCCUGAAACGCUGGACCCGCUUUUCAAAUUCCAUGAAACCAUCACUAAGAUGACAGCAGAAGCAAUUCUCCGCCUGGUCAAUGACCCUGUGCUGCCGUUCUACCCUCUGGAUAUCGCCCUGGACGUACAAAACAAACUCAAAGACAAAAGUAUUCUCCCUGCGUCGCUGCUCUCCUCCGCCGCCUCUUUGAGAGACCAGGCCGCUUUCUUCCAGUCAGAAACCAUGCGUCCAGCCAAUGACCCGAAAGAGCGCGACCCCUCGCAUGUACGGAUGCUCAACGACGUGCUCCGUGACCUGGAGAAGAGCUUCCUCAUCUCCCAGACACCUGCGGGAGUUUACAGGAACCUGUUGUACAGCCUUCCAGGAACGACUCCUCAGUUUUCCAUCCUCAGGUUUUCACAGGAAGCCGUCCUGCACUGUAACGUCACCAGCAAAGCAGUCAAACGCAACUCCACCGAUAAGGAAGUACUUUGCCACAGCACAGUGAACCGGUCUCUGUCACUCAUCCUCAGGGCUGUUCGGUCAGCCGAGAGACUUGUCCGCUUCGGCUUGGACCUGUUUGAAAACUACCAGAGUGACGGAAAAUGAUCUCAACCGGGAAAAUCAGGUCAGAUGUACCCAACAGUAACACCACAUCCAAAACCACUCAUCAUGUCCAUAUCAUUGAAAAUACCUGGGGAAAUUUAAACACGAUUGACCCUCAACCGAAACUUCUCUCAUCAGAUUAAAGACCUGGAAAAGUUAGGAAUCCUGGAGAAUUCACAUUCUUGCAAUAUUUAAGCCAUUAA